AUUUGAGUCUUAUCGUAAUUCCCAUAAGGAAACCAUCUGCUACUUUUUUAAAUCAGAAAUUUCUCACAAGGAUAUUUAAAUUUAUUUCAGCUUCUUAUUUAUCCAGAUCCACCGGCUUGCAAGGUAUUUUAUUUCUGCCACAAUGACCACAAAAACCUGUACUGUCCUUCUGCUGUUCCUGGGUUUGAUCCUACCAGCUCUUUCAGACAAAUGCCCAGACCCUGACAGGUUACCGUCCACUUGUCAAUGUGAAGAAGACUUCGUAGAAGAUGAUGUGGAUGUCGAAAUCUCCUGCAGCGGUUCUUCCAUUCAGGAAUUGAGGGAUGCCCUACGCCUCAUGGAUAAGAACAGCAGGCUUGAAGUCCAGCUUGACGAUAUGAUCCUUGGUACCCUGCCAGCGGAUAUUUUCAAUGGAUGGAAUGUGGUUAAACUGGACAUCUCUCAUUGCGAGCUGGAUACUCUUAAAUCACAAGGAAGAUUGGAUUUGCAGGGUUUGGAAGAUAAAUUAGAAGUAUUAGUUAUAACUGCCAGUUUAUCGGAAGAGAACGGGCCAAAUGAAAUCAUUGUCAACCAUUUUAGGCGUCUGAGGGAGCUGGACUUGUCCUUCAAUGCCAUUGAGGAAAUACAUGAUAACUGGUUUAGUGUGGCUCCACCUUCUUUGACUCAUCUGACCUUGUCCAAUAACGGAAUCGUGAAACUUGGCGACCGGGCCUUUGAAAACCUCAACAAUCUAGAAUUUUUGGGAUUACAUGGAAACAGAUUUGGCGCUAUCAAAAGAAGUAUGCUACCAAAAUAUGCCAUUCGUCUAGAAGAACUGGAAUUUGACAACAACGACUUUACAAGUGUACCAGAUGACCUAUUUACCGGUAUGGCGGCCUUAAAGGAACUCUCUCUUAGGACAAAUCGAAUAACACACUUGCAAGAGCAGGCCUUCAAACCAAUUUGGGGACAGCUUGGAGUUUUCGAUGUUAGAGGCAACCCUCUUGAAUGUGAUUCCACAACUGAGUGGAUGUUCAGAGCUAAAACUGAUGCUUAUAUUCUCGGAAGAUGCGAAGGUCCUCGGGGCAGAGAAGGUAUGGACUUAAAGGACUUCAUCCAAAACAGAGGGCAGUGAUCACUAUUCCUACUGAAUGCGAAUUUUAUUAUUUUCUAAUAAAUCAAAAAAUAUUUGCUUGGU